AUGACUGGUACCGCACGAGAGAAGCUCUAUACGCAAAAGAAGGGUUACGGAUUCUCCCCAGCUUUGGAACGUACUCGUCAACCUUUCCGAGUGCGCAACAUGUUCACCUUACUUGGUCUUUUGGGCUUCACUGGUGGUGUCUAUGCUUAUUCGAUGCUUGCUGUCAAGCAGGACGACUUUAGCGAUGUACCCUUGCCCAGCACCUUGCCUGGCGUGCAGGACGUGACCAGAGAACAUAAGGACAAGCAAUAA